UCUUACCGUCACUGAGCAGAUAGACUUUGCUAGAGAGGGUUUUUCUUUUAUAUCUUUAUUUUAUAGAGAGAUUAAAAAUGGUGUCUGCUAAAGCCGUGGCCGUCUGUCUCACCGUCGUUGUUAUUGUAGUCAUUAUUAUAGUUCUUCCUUCAGUGCUGCUGACUCCUCCGACAGCUCAGUUCAGGGCGAGAUUCAUGAAGAAAUGUUUGGAGUUUCCAGAAGAAGAAAAAAUCUGUGAGAGCGUACAGGCUACCUUUGAACAAGCCUUCAUAGGAAAGGACGAACGUAACGUUACUGAGGGGAACUAUUGUCCACUUUUUGAUGAAUUCCAAUUUAAGCAUCCCUGUGACAAAACAAUGUUCUGGAGCAAAACAAAGGAUCUGGUCCAUAAGUUAACUAAGAACAGGGACAGCUUCAUCACGCUGGAGGACACUCUGUUGGGAAAUGUGCUGGAUGGACAAGUAUGGUGUGGAAAGGCAGGCAACAAAGAAAUAUACACUAAAUGUGGAAGCGGUGAGCCCAACCCUGUGAGUUCAUUCUGGAGAGCUGCCUCUACAAGGUUUGCUGAGUACGCCUGUGGUAAUGUCACGGUGAUGCUUGAUGGAGAGCGAGAAGAACCAUAUGAUUCUAACAGUUUCUUUGGAAGUGUCGAGGUUCCAAACCUUAAACCCACCAGAGUGGCUCGACUUACUGUUGUUCUGGUCACUGAGAAGAAUGGGAAUCAGUGCAACAAGGGGGCACUCAUGAAACUAAAAAACAUGCUGACACAAAAAGGAAUUGGUUAUGCUUGCAAGGAAGUAGAAAAAUCACAAAUCGAGAAGUGCAUACAAGAAAGUUCACCACGUGGAGCCUGUGAAGAAUUAGUGUCAAACUAAAACAAGACACAACACAGUACAGCUCAACAGAACACGUAUUUAAAUGUACAGGAUGAAGUUUCAGAUCCAACACCAGGACACCAUUGGAUAAAAACACACUAAAAGGUGUAGUAAUAAAACCGUAAACUACAGUUUUUAUAUUUUAAAUGAUGAGGAAAAAAACGCCCUAUCUGGUUCACACCGCGAGCUACUUGCAGAGCAUUCUGGGAUUGCUUGCAGGGCAAACAAGUGGUUGAGGUUUUGUAAAGACAGUGUGCUGAGUGGUUUUGCUGACAAGGACUCUUCAAUUUAAAAUAAAAAGUAAGCAGCAGGUUUGGGUUAACCAUGUUUAUUUGCUCUUGGGUCGGGGGCUGGGUUUGGAGUUAAUGUAGUUAUUACAGGUUAAGUCCAGGUGACAGAACAUGCAGCUAAUGGCAGAGAAUAACAGUGAUUAAAUAUAAAAAAGCUGCACAAAACAUGAAGAUACAGCAACAGAGGCAGCGAUAGCGUCACCACCCUUGUCAGGGACCAAGCAGUAAGGCAUGAGACACAGGAGUACUUUUAAAGAAAAUGUGGGCUUUUAUUUAACCCAAACAAAGGAAAACCAAAUUUACAAACCAACUUCUACGAACAAGGCCUAUAAAAGAGGUCAACUUAAUAUAAC